CCCCGCCUCCCCAACGCCGCCGUUGCAGGAAGCCGGAAGCGGCGGGAACAAGCUUUAGCUUGGCAGGGCCGGGCGGGAGUCGCGGACCGCGGCGCUGGGACGGGGCCGCUGUCUGCAGCCAGCCAGCGUUCACCAGAGCCAGCUUUUCCUCCUGAAGUCUCUUUUUGAAGACCCCAAAAGGGAGUGAUGGGCAGAAUAGCUCAGUGGUUCUCAAUCAGGUGUACACAUACCCCUGGGGGUAUGCAGAGGUCUUCCAGGGAGUACGUCAACUCAUCUAGAUAUUUGCCUAGUUUUACAACAGGCUACAUAAAAAGCACUAGCAAAGUCAGUAGAAACUAAAAUUUCAGAGGCAAUGACUUGUUUAUACUGCUCUAUAAACUGAAAUCUUGAAAAGAGAAUUGACUAAUCGAGAGAAAACAUGCAGAGCACUUCCAAUUAUCUAUGGCUUUUAUCUGACGUUCUAGGACAAGGAGCCACUGCAAAUGUUUUUCGUGGACGACAUAAGAAAACAGGGGAUUUAUAUGCCGUCAAAGUAUUUAACAACAUAAGCUUCCUUCGUCCUGUGGAUGUUCAGAUGAGAGAAUUUGAAGUAUUAAAGAAACUGAAUCACAAGAACAUUGUCAAAUUGUUUGCUAUUGAAGAAGAGACAACCACUAGACACAAAGUACUUGUUAUGGAAUUUUGUCCAUGUGGGAGCUUAUACACUGUUUUAGAAGAGCCAUCUAAUGCCUAUGGGUUGCCAGAGUCUGAGUUCUUAAUUGUGCUGAGAGACGUGGUGGCUGGGAUGAAUCAUCUCCGAGAAAAUGGAAUAGUGCACCGUGACAUCAAACCAGGCAAUAUAAUGCGUGUUAUAGGUGAAGAUGGUCAGUCUGUUUACAAACUGACAGAUUUUGGAGCUGCGAGAGAGUUGGAAGAUGACGAACAGUUUGUUUCUCUCUAUGGUACAGAAGAAUAUUUGCAUCCUGAUAUGUAUGAGCGAGCAGUGUUGAGGAAGGAGCAUCAGAAGAAGUAUGGAGCAACAGUUGAUCUGUGGAGCAUAGGGGUGACAUUUUACCAUGCAGCAACAGGGAGUUUACCAUUCCGACCUUUUGAAGGGCCUCGCAGGAACAAGGAAGUGAUGUAUAAAAUAAUCACUGGAAAGCCUUCAGGUGCCAUAUCUGGAGUACAGAAAGCAGAAAAUGGACCAAUUGAGUGGAGUCGAGACAUGCCUAUUUCCUGUAGUCUUUCUAAGGGCCUGCAAGUACUGCUCACGCCUGUUCUUGCAAACAUUCUUGAAGCAGAUCAGGAAAAAUGCUGGGGAUUUGACCAGUUUUUUGCAGAGACCAGUGACAUACUCCACCGAAGAAUAAUUCAUGUCUUUUCACUACAGCAAAUGACCUCACACAAAGUUUAUAUUCACAGCUAUAAUACAGCUGCCAUAUUUCAUGAAUUGGUCUACAAACAGACAAAAAUAACUUCUCAGAACCAAGAAAUGAUAUACGAAGGCCGCCGUCUAGUACUAGAGCCUGGAAGAUUGGCACAACAUUUUCCCAAAACCACUGAAGAAAAUCCUAUAAUUAUAAUAAGCAGAGAGGCUGCAAACAUCAUAGGAUUAAUCUAUGAAGAAAUUUCACUUCCUAAAGUACAUCAGCGGUAUGACUUGGACAGUGAUGCCAGUAUGGCUAAAGGAGUAACAGGUGUUGUAUGCUAUGCCUGUAGAGUUGCCAAUGCUUUGCUGCUUUACCAGGAAUUAAUGCGAAAAGGAAUACGAUGGUUAAUUGAAAUAAUCAGGGAAGACUACAAUGAAACGGUGCACAAAAAGACAGAGGUUGUCAUCAAGCUGGAUUUCUGCAACAGGAACAUUGAGAUAGCUGGGAAAAUAUACGAGAAUCUGAUGCAGAUCCACUUGGAAACAGAAAUGGAUGAAAUUUCAGAGAUACAUACUAAACUAUUGCUUCAGCUUUCUAGCUCUCGGGGAACAAUAGAGCCCAGUCUUCAUGACAUUGAAGAUAAACUGUCUCCUGGUGGAUUGCUGAGUGAUACCUGGGCAAAUCAGGAAGGCACACAUCCCAGAGACAGAAAUCCAGAAAAGCUACAAGUAUUGCUGAGUUCUAUCACAGAUAUUUAUUAUCAGUUCAAGAAAGACAAAGCAGAACGUAGACUUCCUUAUAAUGAGGAACAAAUCCACAAAUUUGACAAGCAGAAGCUGAAUUUACAUGCCACAAAAGCCAUCUCUCUGUUCAAAGAUGAAUGUGUCAGCAAGUAUGAGACAUUUUUGGACAAGGCAGAGGACUGGUUGAGAAAGAUGCUUCAUUUAAGGAAACAGUUACUGACGAUCACCAGACAGUGUUUUGAUAUUGAAGAAGAGGUAUCCAAAUACCAGGACUAUAUAAAUGAGUUACAAGAAACUCUGCGACAGAAAACAUUUGCAGCUUCCACUGGGAUCAAACAUACAAUGAAUCCAAUCUAUCCAAGUUCAAACACUUUAGUGGAAAUGACUCUUGGUAUGAAGAAACUGAAGGAGGAAAUGGAAGGUGUUGUUAAAGAACUAGCUGAGAAUAACCACAUUUUAGAAAGAUUUGGUGCUUUGACUGUGGAUGGUGGCCUGCGGAAUGUAGACUGUAUCUAGUCAACAAAGGACCAUGAAAAGACUGUUCAUUUUUCACAGAAAAAAAAAUGCUAUAAGGGGCAUUUAAAUGCAGAAAAAGCAUUCUGUACAGCAAUUUUUUUCUGCAACUCUAGUAUUUAACAAAAUUAUGUAAAUAUGUAUAUACUGUAAAUAUAACAAUUAUAUCAGUUUUUUGUUAAUGUUAAAAUAGAAUUACUGUUAAAUUUUCUGACCUGGUUAUAAAUUUUUUCCCUUUAAGGAACUAUGGCAAAGGAUUACGGCAAUAAUGCUAAAUAGACAUUCAUUGAAUAUUGACUUUUGGGUCACGAUUUACUGUUGUUUCUUGAAAGAGAAUUUGUGGCUUGAACUAGCUUGCAUUCAGAGAAGUUAUUAAUAGUUUUUAAAACAGUGGUCCCAAAACUGUGGGGCGGACCCCCUUAGGGGUGUGUGGAAGAAUGUUUUGGGGGCACACAGCAGGGCCCAGGUCAGUCCCCACAGGGGAUGGAGUGGGAGUACCGUCCAGCUGUGCAGUAAUGCGGGAGGGGGGCAUAGACAGAUUCCAUUACUGGUAAGGGGGGAGUUGCGACAGGAAAAGUCUGGGCACCACCACUGUUUUAAAGGGCGAUUGGACUUCCCUUAAUACCAGUGUGUUAUUUCAGAACCUAGUCAAUGACUCAUGAUCAACUACAGUACUUGAAUGAAGACCAUUUGAUCUUGUCUUUGCAUCUGUAAUUCAAUGUGAACAGCAUGCAUUUAGGACAAAGAGAGGAGAUACAUUUCUACCCCCUUGUCUACCAAGUUAAUAGUCCACUUGUGUGUGAGAAAAUAAAUUCACAAGGUUUUUAGUCCUGUCCAUGUUGGGUGCCAUGUUCUCCAUGAUAAUCAUUUGGCUAAGUAUUAUGGGAGUUUAGUGUUGGAGUCCAUAAAUCACUUUGUCUUGCUUCAGUGCUAGUUUAACAUCAGCAAAAUAACUAUUUUUUAAAAAUGUAAUUCUCAGAAAGGGACCAAAACCAACAAAGUACAGUGUCACAGCUUAUGACUGAUAAGAUGUUAAACUUGGGAGGGAAAACCUAGUAAUACUUUCUUACAUCUGUGGUGCCCCAUACUGAAGGCUUCUGGCAUCUAACAAAAAUUAUUUGAAACCAAAAGCAGCUACUAAACAGAAAAGUUAGCACAUUCAAAACCAGUAACUGCACGCAGCCCAACCCCAAAUACAAAGUUAAUACUACACCCUGCUCCUCCAACACUGCACAACUCAGCCCAAAACAUGGAGAAGAAAACUGUCUCCUCCAAAACCUAUGAAAUUAAAAAGGAAGCAAAUAUCCUGAGUUUUGCCACUGAUGUAGUCUGCUACAUAUUGUUGAGGAAGAGCAUUCAAGGAUCAUGGGCCUUCUGGAGCAAAGGCCUCAUUCUUUCUCUUUUGAGACAAUGCCAUGGAUGGCCAACAGUUCCAUCUCUGCCAUUCCUGUUUGCAAUAAGGCAUGUAAGGUAACAUGUAGUUUCUGAGAUAGAUUAGUCCUAGAUUAUUUCAUGCUUUUUAUAAGCACAGUAAAACCCUGAAGCGUGCAACCAAAUAAAAAGCAGCCAGUAACAGGUACACAUGUGUAAGACUCAGUUUUGUGAUGUUUAUUCCCCUGUCUUUCUGCCCCCAUCACAGUACAGGAAUAAAAAUUUCAAAACAUUAAAAUGUAUUUUAUACUUAAAAUAGAAAUUAUGAAGUUGGUGUUUCUGGUUGGUUGCUCCAGUCUUAAAGUAAUAUAUACACUGCUUUACAGUCUCUAAUACUGGGUUGCUUUCAUUGCCUGUUCAAAUAUCAUUUACCCCUACGUAUGGUAAAAGAUGCUCCUCAGCUUGCAAACUUUUUGGAAAAAAUUGCUCUGCAAAAUCGGUGCAGCAAUUUUGUUGCCCAAAAAAGAGAGAAAAAAAAUCCAUUUUUUCUGGGUUAGCCAUGUCAUUUAAAAGUGUUUACUUCAAAGUAUUUAAAUUAUGGGAAUAUUUUAGAGCCUGAUUGUGUUAGCAUGCACAUGAAUGACUUCAUGUCGGUAAUCCUGCUGAAUGUUAGUAAACUUUAUGUGCAUAGAUGUUUGAAGAAUCAGGUUCUUAAAUUGUACAUAAAUGUAUAUUGGAAUAACAGAUUAUUUCUAUGUCUAUGUUAUUUUGUUCAUUAUUUUAAGGAAUUUUAACUUUGUAAAACAAAUUAUAUUGGUUGAAAGAUUGAAUUUUCAGAGAAAAGACAAUUGUAAGAGGAAUAGAGGAGUCUUAUUUCUCUUACAUUGAAGCAGUCUGAAUGGGGAGAGUUAAUCGUUGUAAACAUGGUUUGUAUGCCACAGUGUACAGUCGCUUACUAUUUUCACAAGGAUGAAAAUGUUUAAUGUUUUUUUUUUCUAUCAUGUUGCUUCAUAACAUGUUCAUUUUAAAACACUGCUGGUUUUAGUCUUGUAAAUCCACCAAUAAUGUAUAUAGGCUUGUUAAAAUUGUUUUGAAAAAGUAAUUUGUUACAAACUGGCUAAUGGACUUGAAGUAAUCAGUUAAGCAUAUUACUGAUUACUUUCUUAUGAAACAUCCCUUAUUGGCUUUAGUCCUUGAUGCAUGGUGUGUGGUGUACCAUGAGAUUGGCUGCGUUCAUACCAACUGUCAUAAUAUUGUCAAUCUUUAAUAUGGAAAGUAUAGGUUUGCUAAGACAAUGACAGUAUUAUAGGGUUUUUUUUCCCCUCUGAAACUGAAUUACUACUUUAGAGUUAUAGUGUUAAGUAACUGAUUAAAGUAAUACAUUAGCAAGCCCGUCUACAUAUUAAUUGUAAAAUUGCAUGAGUGAAUGACUUAUAUACAUAAAUACAAUAUCAACCA